UUUAUCAAAAGGAAAGUAUUAGAAUAGUCACGCACGGUUCCAUCAAUAACUGUUUCGCAAAUCGAUGUGUAGCUAUUGCUAUUACAGCUUUACUUCGAUCUUCUGCUGCUACGUUGUAUUUGUGAGGAAGGUUACGUGCGAUCCGAAAAAGGGUACUACUUUAUCAAGAUUCAGGAGUUGCAUGGUAUCUUGACAUUAUGGAAGUCAGUCAUAUCCUACACUUCCUGCUUCUAGGAUUUUCCUCUUUAUUCGUUAGACAUGUCGAUGCACAUGUUGGAUUUGAAGCAACGACAUCUUCAACACUGCUCACAAGCAAAUCCACCCAUGGGUGCAAUCAGGAUAUGGACUUCAGGAUGGUAGAUUGCUCACAUAGAGACUUGAAAGAAGUUCCUCAGGAUCUUUCUAAGGACAUCGUUUUGCUGGAUUUGUCAAAUAACCGAAUCAAAAUGCUUUUGAACUCUUCGUUCGAUGUAUACCCUCUGAUCACCAGUUUGUAUAUUUCUAACAAUGAUCUAGGAGUCAUAGAAUCUACCUCUUUUCAUCCCCUCCAUGGCUUAAAGAUCCUGAACCUGUCCUGCAACCCUCGUCUUGUGCUUCCAGUAAAAGAUGUCUUCAAGAUGUCUCCACAACUGAUCACUCUGUAUUUGGAGGAAGCAAACUUAAUGACACUCCCUAAUGACACCCUACAGUCCAGUCAAAAUCUCCACCGCUUACUUCUAUCAAAGAACAAACUUUCCUUUAUUAAUAUAAGUUCUUGUGGUAAGGUCGACAAAGUAUACAUGGAUGGAAAUCAAAUACAGCGUAUUGCAAAGGGAUGGUUCACGUUUGUUUGCCACAGUGACUUCCUAGAUCUUACAGAUAACCCAAUCCAAUUUGUAGAUCCUGACGACUUUGCAUCGUUGAACAUUCGCUCACUAAAGCUGGGUUUCUAUCCCUUGAGUGAGGAGGUAUUAAUUAACACCACACUCGGCAUCUCAAAAUCAAACCUCCAGGAGCUCACGAUCGUGAGAGGGUACUCUGGUGCGUUUCCUGAAGGUCUGUUUGACCCGUUGUGUAAUUCAUCCCUCUCUGUCUUGAACUUCUACGGGAAUGAACUUACGUACCUCCCUCCUUUAGUCUUUGCGAAUUUGACAAAACUCAAACAGUUUACUUUCAGUUAUAACAGCCUUCCCAUUGAUAUAAUUCCUCCAGAAAUUUUUAAUGGCAUGGAAUCACUGGACGUAUUGAAUAUCAGCAACAACGAUAUAACAGAAAUAAAUCCUGACAACCAGACCUGGACAUUAGUUAACUUAACACAACUGAACUUACGAGAAAACAGUUUAACCAAAAUACUCUCAUCUACUUUUCGUGGUUUAGAGAGCUUGAUCUCCUUAGACAUGAAUUCAAACAAAGAACUCUCUUUCUUAGAGUUGAAUGCAUUUUCAGGUCUCAGCAGUAUUCAGUAUAUUGAUCUGUCAGGAACCAACGUUUAUGAUUUACAACUUAACAUCCCAACGCUAAGAAUACUAUCCCUGAAUUUUAUUCUAGAGUCACCAAAUUGGACACCAUCAAGAUCACCGUUUCGGUAUCUACAAUCUCUUGUUGAUUUCAGCUUAAGGAAGUCUAGCAUUUUCAUUGUUCACCUGUUUAGCAACGCGACGAAUGCCUCUCUUUUCGAUGGAUUGUUGAAUCUCCAUCGUCUUGACCUCAGCGGAAAUUAUUUCGACGGAACUAAGUUCUUCGAUAAUACUCUACCACCUGGAAUAUUUCGUCAACUCUUUGCUUUACAGGAGCUCAUCAUAGAUGACUGCAAAAUUGAAAAUGUACACCCUCACUUCUUCACUGGUUUGGAAUCUCUCCAGACAUUAAGUUUGAAAGGAAACAACAUCAAAAGUCUUGAUGGAAGACUCUUAUGGAUUUUGCCUCAAUUGGGAUCAAUAAACUUGGGGGGAAACCAAAUUUCCUACUUGGAAAGAUUGAUAUUCUUGAAAAACGCAAAACUCACCAAACUUUCACUGGCUGACAACAAGUUAACAAGUCUGAAUCAAAGCGCUUUCAAGCCAAUUGCGUCCUCUAUUUCACUACUGGAUCUAUCAAAUAACCCAAUAGCUUGUAACUGUGACAUUCAAUGGCUUAUAGAUUUGUUAAAUGAGAACAUUGACUUGGACAACAAAGACAACACCAUCUGCACGAUAGCAUCCAUUGAACCUCUGCGUCUGAAACAUCUGCUUGAUUUUGAUCCGAAUCAAUUUUGUACAGGCAAUAUUGGGCUCAUUUCCUUGAUUUCACUGACUAUUGUUUGCUUUAUCGUUAUUUCCAUAAUCACUUAUCACAACCGAUGGUACUUGAAAUACAAAAUAUUUCUGCUAAAAUUAGCCGCUGUUGGAUACAGAGAGAUGCAAGAUGCCAGAGAACACGACGACUAUGAGUUUGAUCUGAACAUCAUAUUUUACGACGACGACGAAGUAUGGGUUCGCGAGCACUUCCGACCUGCUCUGGUAGAACACCUUCCACAGUUUCGGAGGAACGUCUUCGGUGAUGAGGAUCUCGUACUAGGCAUGCAUUACUUAGAUGCGGUCGAUUACGUGGUGACCCACAGUUACAAGACCAUUAUCGUACUCAGUAAAGCUGCUGUGAAGGACCGCUGGUUUGUUCUCAAGUUUCGUACGGCCAUGGAUCACGUGAGCGAUACUCUGACAGAAUUCGUGAUGGUUGUCUUCCUUGAAGACAUCCAUGAUGAUGAAAUGCCCUUCUUGGUUAGAUUGUAUCUCCGAGACGGUAGACCUUACAUUCACUGGACCGAGGAUGUGAGGGGGCAAGAAUAUUUCUGGAAUAAACUAACCAAAUAUCUGACCAUUAAUUUAAGGACAAAUGAUAUACUCCCAAACGAGUAGCAUAGUUCGUUUGGAAGUUUAAUUAUGUAUAUAUUAGGAAAC